UAGGAGCAAAUUUACUAAUCAAACCCGAAGAUAUUCGAGCUAAUUCCGAAAAUUAUACUAACAUUCCUCAUUAUCAGAGAUAUAAUCAAGCCAUGAAGUUUUUAAAGGAAACUGAAUUUGAAGAAUAUAAUUGUAAAAUAGUCAAGAAUGAAAAUAACGAAAUAGAAAUAGUAACUAAAAAUGCCUUUGGAGGAGAGAUAAGGAAAUCUGACGAAGAAUUAUUGGAAGAACUUGAUUUAGAAUAUGAACCGGAAACAAUUGAAUUUUCCGAAGCCCAGUUUAGCGAAGUUUUAGAUUGA